CAGGAAGCAAGGGGGUGCAGGCCCUCCGGAGCCAAGGCCCCUCCCUCCCCAGUCCUCCUUUCCUGCUUUGGUGUCUCUCCUGCAAGGGCUGCAUCGCUGUCCCCUCCCUCCUGGAAUGAUCUGAUUUCCUAGACUUUUUCAUUACAACAGAGAGAACUUGGCAGAAGAGCAAAGGGUUCCUUCUGAUCUCUUAGAGGCUUCCUGAGAGCAGAGAUGGAUGAGCGAGAUUCAGCUGGCCCAGAAGCAGGAAGAGGCCAUGCCAACCAAACUGGGAGCAGUGGGGGAUUCUGGGAAAAACCAGUGCAGAAGAUCCUGGGUGAGGAGGACACCCUCUGCUCAGAGGUGCAGAGCCGGCAGUUUGGGUGGUUCUGCUACCUGCAAACCAAGGGACCCCGAGAGGUUUGCAGCCGACUCUACCACUUUUGCCACCAGUGGCUGAAGCCAGAAAGGCACACGAAAGCUGAGAUGCUGGACCUGGUGAUCUUGGAGCAGUUCCUGGCUGUCCUUCCCCCAGAGAUGGAGAGCUGGGUGAGGGAAUGCGGAGCGGAGACCAGUUCCCAGGCGGUGGCCCUGGCCGAAGGUUUCCUCCUGAGUCAGGCAGAGGAGAGAAAGCAGGGAAAGGAUCAUUUUGCAGAAAUGGACCUGGAUUCCUGUGAGGCAGAGAGGCCUCCAUUGGACACCAGAGAGAGGCCACUGGGUGACAGAAUGAUGCCUGCAAGACCUCCUGAUCCGUCUUUUCAUGGGGGCAGAAGGGAAGCAGCAGCUCUGGAACCAGAUCAGGGUCCUGUGUGCUUUGAAGAUGUUACUGUUCAUUUCACGGACGAGGAGUGGGCGUUGCUGGAUCCUGACCAGAGAGCUCUGCAUAAGGACGUCAUGGAGGAGAAUCGUGGGAUCGUGGCCUCUCUUGAUUGUAAUGAAUUGGAAAUUGAGAACAAAGAUGACCACGACAAAAUCCCCAGAGAAGAGAACCCAUGUAAAAAAUUGGAGUGUGGAGAAAGCUGCAGUCAGAGCUCCCAUUCCACUUCCCAUCAAAGAAUUCAUACAGGGGAGAAACCCUAUCAGUGCGCGGAAUGUGGAAAGAGCUUCAGUCAUAGCCACAGUCUCACUUUCCAUCAAAGAAUUCAUACCGGGGAGAAACCCUACAAGUGUGUGGAAUGUGGAAAGAGCUUCUGUCAGAGCACCGAUCUCACUUCCCAUCAAAGAAUUCAUACAGGGGAGAAACCCUACCAGUGUGCGGAAUGUGGAAAGAGCUUCAGUCAGAGCCAACAUCUCACUUCCCAUCAAAGAAUUCAUACAGGGGAGAAACCCUAUCAUUGUGUGGAAUGUGGAACACGUUUCAGAUAUAGGUCCUCUUUCGCUUCCCACCAAAGAAUUCAUACAGGGGAGAAACCCUAUCAGUGUGCGGAAUGUGGAAAGAGCUUCAUUCAGAGCCACAGUCUCACUUCCCAUCAAAGAAUUCAUACAGGGGAGAAACCCUACCAGUGUGCGGAAUGUGGAAAGAGCUUCAGGAAGAGUUCCGAUCUUACUUCCCAUCAAAGAAUUCAUACAGGGGAGAAACCCUACCAGUGUGUGGAAUGUGGAAAGAGCUUCAGUCAGGGCACACAUCUCAUUUCCCAUCGAAGAAUUCAUACAGGGGAGAAACCCUAUCAGUGUGCGGAAUGUGGAAAGAGCUUCAGUCAGAGCUCACAUCUCAUUUCCCAUCAAAGAAUUCAUACAGGGGAGAUGCAGAGAAUUCAUACAGGGGAGAAACCCUAUCAGUGCUUGGAAUGUGGAAAGAGCUUCAGUCGGAGCUCCCAUCUCACUUCCCAUCAAAGAAUUCAUACAGGGGAGAAACCCUAUCAGUGUGCGGAAUGUGGAAAGAGCUUCAGUCAUAACCACAAUCUCACUUCCCAUCAAAGAAUUCAUACAGGGGAGAAACCAUAUCAGUGUGUGGAAUGUGGAAAGAGCUUCUGUCGGAGCACCGAUCUCACUUCCCAUCAAAGAAUUCAUACAGGGGAGAAACCCUAUCAGUGUGCGGAAUGUGGAAAGAGCUUCGGUUCGAGCACUGAACUCACUUCCCAUCUAAGAAUUCAUACAGGGGAGAAACCCUAUCAGUGUGUGGAAUGUGGAAAGAGCUUCAGUACGAGCUCCACUCUCACUUCCCAUCAAAGAAUUCAUACAGGAGAGAAACCCUAUCAGUGCGUGCAAUGUGGAAUGAGCUUCAGUCAGAGCACCCAUCUAACUUCUCAUCAAAGAAUUCAUACAGGAGAGAAACCAUAUCAGUGCUUGGAAUGUGGAAAGAGCUUCAGUAAGAGCUCCAAUCUCACUUCCCAUCAAAUAAUUCAUACAGCAGAGAAACCAUAUCAGUGCGUGGAAUGUGGAAAGAGCUUCAGUUGGCGCACCGUUCUCACUUCCCAUCAAAAAAUUCAUACAGGGGAGAGACCAUACCAGUGCGUGGAAUGUGGAAAGAGCUUCAGUAAGAGCUCCAAUCUCAUUUCCCAUCAAAGAAUUCAUACAGGGGAGAAAUCCUAGAAGUGCUUGGAAUGUGGAAAGAGCUUCAGUUGGAGCACCGAUCUCACAUCCCAUCAAAGAAUUCAUACACUGGAGAAACCAUAUCAGUGUGUAUAAUGUGGAAAGAGCUUCACUUUCCAUAAAGUAAUCAAUACAACGGUUGGAAAAACCAUUAUACAUCUUUAGGAGCCAGGCAAAUCUGCACCUUUUUAACCAGGCGUUUGGCUGAUUGAGAUCUAAUGUCAAUUUAAAAUGUGGUGUUAUGUGUUUGUAACCAUCCUGAGACCUGUGGGUAUAGGGAAUAGGCACCAACUCUUAAAAGCCUAGGGGCCUUUGCCCCCCCCCAUAUGAAAUAUUUGAAGAGGCCACCCCCACUUCCCCCCCCAGAUGCAACCUUUUAUUUUUCUGCAACUUGCCAUGCAAUUUCUCUUUCAAUUUGCUCUCUUAAAAAUUAGAAUAAAUGAACACACAAAAGUCAUGAGCAAAACAAAAUACAAGAAAAUACAAACAUGGACAGGUCCCAUCUUUGCGGGCAAACACAACAUUUGCAGCAGGGUUUCCCAAACCUAGGUCCCCAGCAGCUCCCGGACUACAGUUCCCAUCAUCCAUCCGCAUUGGUCCUGCUAGCUAUGGAUGAUGGGAGUUGUAGUUGAAAACCAGCUGGGGACCCAAGUUUGCUUUAAAGGGAAAGUAGGCUGGCCCUGGACAAAGGGCCCUGGACAAAAUCUCCAUGGACAAAGACAGCAGGCAUAUAAAAGUUAUGACACUGGAAGAUGAGCCCCUCAGGUUGGAAGGCGUCCAACAUGCUACUGAGGAAGAGCGGAGGACAAGUACAAAGAUGGAGAAGCUCUAUACCAGGCAUCCCUAAAUUGCGGCCCUCCAGAUGUUUUGGCUUACAACUCCCAUGAUCUCUAGCUAACAGGACCAGUGGUCAGGGAUGAUGGGAAUUGUAGGCUAAAACAUCUCGAGGGCCGAAGUUUGGGGAUGCCUGCUCUAUACAGUCAGCAAAAACAAGACCUGGCGCAGAUUGUGGCUCAGAUCAUCAGCUUCUUAUAGCAAAAUUCCAGCUUAAACUGAAGAAAGUAGGAAAAACCACUGGGCCAGUAAGACACAAUCUAAAUCAAAUUCCUUAUGAAUAUACAGUGGAAGUGAGGAUCAGGAAAUACAAGAAAGCAAAGUGGCUGUCCAAUGAGGCCUUACAAAUAGCGGGGAAGAGAAGGCAACAAAAAUGCGAGGCAGAUAGUGAAAGAGACAGGAAAUUGAAUGCAGAUUUCCAAAAAAAAUAGCAAGGAGAGACAAGAGAGCCUUAUUAAACGAGCAAAGCAAAGAAAUAGAGGAAAACAACAGAAUGGGGAAAACCAGAGAUCUGUUCAAGAAAAUUGGAGAUAUGAAAGGAACAUUUCGUACAAAGAUUACCAUAAUAAAGGACAAAAGUGGAAAGGACCUAACAGAAGCAGAAGACAUCAAGGAGAGGUGGCAAGAAUACACAGAGAAAUUAUACCGGAAAGAUAUGGAGGUCUCGUACACCUCAGGUAGUGUGGUUGCUGACCUAGAGCCAGACAUCCUGGAGAGUGAAGUCAAAUGGGCCUUAGAAAGCACUGCUAAUAACAAGGCCAGUGGAAGUGAUGAUAUUCCAGCUGAACUAUUUAAAAUUUUAAAAUAUGCUGUUAAGGUGCUACACCCAAUAUGCCAGCAAGUUUGGAAAACUCAGCAAUGGCCAGAGGAUUGGAGAAGAUCAGUCUACAUCCCAAUCCCAAAGAAGAGCAGUGCCAAAGAAUGCUCCAACUACCGCACAAUUGCGCUCAUUUCACACGCUAGCAAGGUUAUGCCUAAAAUUCUACAAGGCAGGCUCUAGAAGUAUGUGGGCCGAGAACUCCCAGAAGUGCAAGCUGGAUUUCGAAGGGGCAGAGGAACCAGGGACCAAAUUGCAAACGUGCUGGAUUAUGGAGAAAGCUAGAGAGUUCCAGAAAAACAUCUACUUCUGCUUCAUUGACUAUGCAAAAGCCUUUGACUGUGUCGACCACAGCAAACUGUGGCAAGUUCUUAAAGAAAUGGGAGUGCCUGAUCAUCUCAUCUGUCUCCUGAGAAAUCUCUAUGUGGGACAAGAAGCUACAGUUAGAGCUGGACAUGGAACAACUAAUUGGUUCAAAAUUGGGAAAGGGGUACGACAAGGUUGUAUAUUGUCUCCCUGCUUAUUUAACUUGUAUGCAGAAUUCAUCAUGCGAAAGGCUGGACUGGAUGAAUCCAAAGCUGGAAUUAAGAUUGCCGGAAGAACAACAACCUCAGAUAUGCAGAUGACACAAUCUUGAUGGUAGAAAGUGAGGAGGAAUUAAAAAACCUUUUAAUGAGGGUGAAAGAGAAGAGCGCAAAAUAUGGUCUGAAGCUCAAAAAAACUAAGAUCACGGCCACUGGUCCCAUCACCUCCUGGCAAAUAGAAGGGGAAGAAAUGGAGACAGUGAGAGAUUUUACUUUCUUGGGUUCCAUGAUCACUGCAGAUGGUGACAGCAGUCACGAAAUUAAAAGGCGCCUGCUUCUUGGGAGAAAAGCAAUGACAAACUUAGACAGCAUCUUAAAAUGCAGAGACAUCACCUUGCCAACAAAGGUCCGUGUAGUUAAAGCUAUGGUUUUCCCAGUAGUGAUGUAUGAGAGCUGGACCAUAAAGAAGGCUGAUCGCCGAAGAAUUGAUGCUUUUGAAUUAUGGUGCUGGAGGAGACUCUUGAGAGUCCCAUGGACUGCAAGAAGAUCAAACCUAUCCAUUCUGAAGGAAAUCAGCCCUGAGUGCUCACUGGAAGGACAGAUGGUGAAGCUGAGGCUCCAAUACUUUGGCCACCUCAUGAGAAGACUCCCUGGAAAAGACCCUGAUGUUGGGAAAGAUGGAGGGCAGAAGGAGAAGGGGACGACAGAGGAGAUGGUUGGACAGUGUUCUUGAAGCUACGAAUAUGAGUUUGACCAAACUGCGGGAGGCAGUGGAAGACAGGAGUGCCUGGCGUGCUCUGGUCCAUGGGGUCACGAAGAGCCGGACACGACUAAACGACUAAACAAAGGGCUGGCCCUGUGACAACCUCUGCUGGCCAAAACCUCUGUGACAGAAUCUGAACCAUCCCCAGUACUGCUAAUUGGAAUUUAUAGAUCGCAAAAGUGAAGUUUGAUUGGCACUUCAACCUCUUGGGAGCUUCUAGGUACUUUCUGCACCACCUAGAGUACCCAUGGAAUUGUGGCUUCUACUGACAACACACAUAGGAGAACAAAUGAAAGACAAACACAAUGGGCAGGACAAAACCUGGAAAGGGCCAUACCAAAUGGACAUCCAGUGUGAAGAGGUAACUUUCCCCACUGCUGAACAAUGC